AUGAAAUUUGUUGUUUUGCUUUCACAGUUUCGUUCGUCAUUUGUACAACCAACUCAGCAGUAUCCUGUUCCACCUGGAACUGGAUUUUAUUCAAACCCAAAUCCUGGGGAUUACCCUUUUGGAACCUAUUACCCAGCAACACAGGGUGUGCAACAGUAUUCUGCACCAGUGGCACCUCCCACUGUUAUGAUAAAUCCUGCGCAGCCGCAAAUGCCACCUAAAAGAGAACGUAAGCAGAUCCGGAUAAGGGAUCCAAACCAGGGUGGAAAAGACAUCACAGAAGAGAUUAUGUCUGGAGGAAGAUCGGGCUCUACACCGACACCGCCACAGUCUGCAAUAGGAAGUAUGGAGGGAGGUGGGAAUGUACAGACCAACGGGGAAAAUCCUCAUCCAGUGCCAGUCAUUAUCCGACCAGAUAAGCCAAAGUCUCCUGCAAUGGCAACUAAACCAGUAGAAGAGUUGAACAAACUUGAGAAAUCUAUUACACCUGAAAGUGUGGAAAGCAAGCCUGAACUCAACACUAACUUAACAGACUCUGAGGAAUUAUCGAAAGUUCCGGUCACUGAACCAGAUGACACUAAACCCAAUGUAGUCUCUUGUGAUGUGGCUGUGACAGAUUCUGCACAAUCUGAUCAUGAUAACGAAAUGAACGUUUUGCCUGAGCCUGUAUAUUUGCCACCUGUAGCAAAUGAAAUGCAGAAAAGUGAAGCAGAGAAUGUACAAGAACUACAAAAAGAGGAGGAGGUGAUUGUAGAUGAAUCUAGCUCAAAAGAUUUGGCCGUGGAAAGUAAUGGUGUUAUAGCAGGACAAGUAGAUGAGCCUGGUCAAAAUUCUGAACCUCCACUUGAAACUUCACUUGAAACUCCACUUGAACCAGCGCUUGAAAUACCACUUGAAGUUGUAAUGGAUUCACCCAUUGCACAACCUGAAGAACUGAAGGUAUCUAAUGGCUUGGAGCUUUCAACAGAGCAGGAUUCAGAAGUUUUAGAAGCUCAGCAGGAAUCUGAUGUCAGCCCAAUUUCUGAACCUGAAGCAACUAAAACUGAAGAGAGUGCUGUUGGCUUGACAUCUGAGGAGAAGGAAGAGGAGGACGUUGUAGAAAUUGAAUCACAGGAUGCCUCACCAACAGCAGCUGCUUUAUCCCAGAUGAAUGACAAUCCUAUGCAAGCUGCAGCUGUAUCUGUGCCAAAGAAGAAAAGGAAAUUAAAGGACUUAAACAAGAAAGAAGCAGUUGGUGACCUUCUAGAUGCUUUCAAAGAGUCUCAAGUAAAAGAACCUGUAGUAGAGACUGAUGUCCAGCCUGCUGCUGUACCUGUUGAAGUGACUGAAGCAGUUGCUUCCACCCGUGAUGAGCCAGAGGAAACAUGGGAAGAAAAGGAGGACAAGCAAGAUGUAGAGAACAUCAAGCCAGAUGGAAUAAAAUUGUUAGAUCAAAAAUAUCAAUAUAAGGAAGAGAAUUGGAAACCGCUUAAUCCUGAAGACAAAAAGAAGUACGACCGAGAAUUUCUUUUGGGGUUCCAGUUCAUCUUUGCCAGCAUGCAGAAACCUGAAGGCCUACCUGCAAUUAGCGAUGUUGUGUUGGAUAAGGCAAACAAGACUCCACUUCGUCCCCUUGACCCAAGCAGACUGACUGGAAUGAACUGUGGCCCAGACUUCACACCACCUUUUGCUAAUCUAGGACGGCAGCCGAUUGGAAGAGGCCUACCUUCAGGUAUGGGUGCGAGAAGGUCUCAGCAAGGCCCAAGAAAAGAGCCGCGCAAAAUUAUUGCAACCGUCUCUCUAAAUGAUGACAUACAACUUAAGAAGGCAGAACAUGCCUGGAAGCCUUCUGUAAAGAAACCAACUGAGGAGGAUGACCCUGAUAUGAUAAAAACUCAGGUAACCAUUUGACACAGUUUUGGACCA